CUCACCUCCCCAUCACCUCCUAUACCACGUCAGAUGAGCGACUUCGACGACUCCGAUGCUUCAUCCUCUUAUGCUGGUCGUACGAACCACCGUAGACGUAUCAGAUCUGCAUCCAUAGACUCCGAUGAUCUCGGUCCCUCGCUUGCGGACGAGCUAGGCUCAGGGGACGAGGCAACAGGGAUGAGCCAUAGCAACUCCGCUAGGGACCUCGACGAGGUAGGGGUGGUCGGCAAUAGUCUUCAAGACGAGCUGUCAGGUCUCGACGACCGAGACGAAGAGCAGACAGGCCCGAGCUUGGGGGAUGAGCUAGACUUCAGUAGCAGCGGCGACGGUGCUGCCACGCCUCUAGCGCCUGCUCAGCAAGGGGCCAGUCUCAUCGAGGAGCAGGACGACACAGCUCGACUCGCACAAAGACAAGCAGCAUACGAAGCGACCUAUGCAUCUCUUGUGGAUUCAAUACAAUCUACAGAUGCUUAUCUAGCUGCUCUUCAAGCCACUACUAGUGGAGAUGAUACUCGAGUCAUGGAAGAUCUUGGAAGGCAAGCCGUGCUGACGCUACAAGAGUCUGCGCAAGAGAGGGCCUUUCAAGCCAGAGAGCUGCAGGACCUUGUCAAGAGUCUGGACAGAGAUGAUGGCGACGCACUUCUCGCUGCAUUGGCCGAAAUCGUGACAAGCGACGACAAGGCUUCCCUGAGCUUCUCGCGAGAUGGUAGCAGUACAGGCUUCGCUUCCAAUGGCAGAAGCUCGAGCCCUGAUGGAAUGUCUCCGCCUUCCCCUGUGGGUUUCACCCAGACUAUGAGACACGGAAGUAGCCGUUCCGAAGAGUCUUCCUCGAGUCGAUACAGUGCCUUGCCGCCUCCUGGUCCAUCUCGCAAAGCACCGCUGCCAGAACACUUCGCCCACCUCCAAGUUGUAACCUCAUCUCUUGUUUCAUCUCUGCAGAACCUCAACGAGCAGACCCAGGUCAAUCAAGCUACUUUCAGAGAGAGCACAAAAGUCUUGCGCAAGUUGAGGCAGCAGGUAAUCGAGGCAAGCCGAGAGAUGGAGGUCUCCGAGAACAGCCAGCUCUGGAUCGAGAGCCGGACGCAAGCGGAGGAGGAGGAGCAAAAAGCCGCGCAAAGCAGAGCAUCUUCAGGGACAGUGCCCCUGGUGCAUCUGACGAGAGGAAGUGGCAGCGGUCAAGCUUGGUGCAAAGGUCAGACCGAAGAGUAUGAGCGGUAUCUCAGUCAUGCUGCGCUCAAAGCUCAACAGCUUCUGGGAGCGGACACAGGGAAAGCCAUUGCCACGUAGCCAAGGCGAAGCGUGCGGCGGAAGUUACGAACGUUAUGUAGACAAGAUAGAUGAUCCUGUAUAUACCAUUCUGCGAGACGGCGGCCCGCUUGCUUGAAAUCACAAAACUCUCAGUGCCGUCAUGGUGCUGAUAUUCACUCAAAGUCGAUGGAAGGAGAGCUUUCCAUCACGCUCGACCUUCACGCUAUGUCAUAGUGCACCACCCUCGCUGAGCAUGGACUCAGCCGAGUAUUCUUGCGGCGGUCAUGUGCCCGCCCCAUGCAAUUGGCCGUAACGAAUCGGCACUGAAGGAGGUCUGCUUUGAGGAACGCAGCAUAAGCAACCGUCGGGUCGUGCCUUAGAAGCAAAGUGCAAAUGUACAUCCGCCCGAAGCCCCAGAUCCGGUUGUACGGGCAUACAUAAACUCGCACUCUUCCACACAUCCCCCACGUUCUUUGCCAUCACCCUCUCCCUUCACCAACCUCCAAAUCAGCAGCGAUCUGCCAUGCGCUUCUCUGUC